UUUUUUUGGAAUUUUUCUUGCGUAGAUUUUUAAGUUUUUUUUUUUUUCAUUGUUUGUUAGUAAUGGCAUUUGUUUUUUGGCCAAUUGUCACUAAUGGCAGUGAGUCAACGUCAAUUCAGUUUCAUAUGGGAUAUAAAGCUUAGUUUGUUUUUGUUGUUAUAUAUUGUGAGCUCAUUCUUUUUAGAGUUAAGAGUUUCUUUUUUAUGAAUUUUUAUUGGGUUUGUUUACUAGUCUUAUUCCUGUUUAUGUGGAACUUUAUAGAUUUUUUGAGGCAAUAUGGUCUUGGAUAGAGUACAAUUGUUAUGUUGGCUAUUAUUUGUUGCUGGUAACUUUGCAAGAAGACUGAUUUUGAUGUCUGUCGGAGUUUCCUCUGAUGAAGUGCAAAACAAUCUCUAUGCUUGGCAUCAUACACUUUUUGGUUUAUUUGAUACUUUCAGUGUGUGUGCGCGCAUGUGUGUGUGUGUGUGUGUGUAUUAGAUGUAAUUUUGAUAAGGUCUGUUAAAUGCAGUGCGAUAGCUGUUUAACUCAAUGCCAUCUGUAAACAUGAACAUUUUCAAUUUUAUUCUAUUGUAAUACACAAUGUUGUGUGUGCUCUUUUCAUGGAGUAAUUUUCCACUUCUUUGACAUGCAGUUGUGCACUUAUUUUGUAGAUGGUCCAGUUGAAAGGAGAUCUUCAGACCAAUUCUCCAUAUCUAAUCAAGGUACUUGGGGAUUCUAUUUCAUGUCAUGAGUCAUGUUUUGAAUCCAAAAUGAGGCUAUCUUUGCUUUCUUUUUAAGGUGGAAUUGCUGGCAGCUAAGAAUCUCAUUGGUGCAAACUUGAAUGGCACAUCUGAUCCUUAUGCUAUCAUUACUUGUGGUUCUGAAAAGAGAUUCAGGUAUAUGGUUGCAUUUUUGGUUCUUUAAGGGAAAAGUCUCUUUGGAUUUUGAGGUUAGUGUUGUAAAGGUGAAUAUACAAUUACUGUUUCAGGGGGUUUUUAACAUUUAUAUCAUAUGGGUUCGUGAUCAUCCUUUCAAAUUGUGGUGCUUUUAUUUUUGUAGUGUUUAUUUAGAUUUGCUUAUUAUUAGGUUAUGAAUAAGAUAUAAGAGUCACAGACUUCUGGCAAAUGAUAUUCCAUGGCAUUGUUUGCUUGCAGAUUGACAUGACUACUACUCUAUGAACUCUUGAAAAUGCAUAUAUAGUAUUUAUACGUAAACAACAAUGCUGAUCUUCAAACAAAAACGAAAGUGGACAGUAGUGCUUAACAAUUGUUCAUAUUUGGGAACAAGUAAAGUCCUUAGCCUUCUGCAUUAUGCAUGCGCACAUUAUUUUCCUUGUUCAUAUUGGGUUUAUGAAAUUUCAGCCAUGGUGCGUGGAAAUUGUUCUGAAAUCUGUAGGCUUAAGAACAAACAUAGGGAAGAAUACGAAGUAAAACUAGUGAAACAGUGUUGUUUUUGUUGUUAUCCAUUGGUUGUAGGGACUGGUAUUGGUAAUAUUGUAUCAUAGAUGUUAAGAUGAAAUGGAGAAACUAUAUACGUGAUACAUGUAUGAGCCUUAAGUUAUUGAAAUUAUAUAGUUGUACAGAAUAACCAUUCCAUUUCUUUUCCAUCCUGCUGUAUCUGGAGAAGUCAUAAAUGGCCUCAUCUAUACCUUUGUACUUCCACAUAAGUCCUCUGUUUUUUUGAAGUAUUUUUAUAAGAGAUACAAUAGCUCUAUUGUGUUACAUUUCUUACAAAUUUACUUGUGUUGCUGUUGCAGUUCGAUGGUCCCUGGUUCAAGAAACCCCUUGUGGGGAGAGGAGUUCAACUUCUCUGUAGAUGAGCUUCCUGUCCAGAUAAAUGUGACAAUAUAUGAUUGGGAUAUAAUUUGGAAGAGUGCAGUUCUUGGUUCAGUUACUAUUCCAGUUGAAAGUGAAGGUCAAAGUACCGCAGUAUGGCAUACCUUAGAUAGCCCAUCUGGACAGGUUUGUCUAAAUAUUAAAACUAUAAAACUCCCUGUGCAUUCUUCCAGGGGUAUAAAUGGAUAUCCUGGAGCUAAUACUCGAAGAAGGAUUACUUUAGAUAAACAAGGGCCGACAGUGGUUCAUCAAAAGCCAGGGCCUUUACAGACAAUAUUUAACCUCCUUCCAGAUGAGGUUGUGGAGCAUAGUUAUUCAUGUGCACUUGAGAGAUCAUUCUUGUACCAUGGUCGUAUGUAUGUCUCUGCAUGGCACAUCUGUUUCCAUUCUAAUGUGUUCUCCAAACAAAUGAAGGUGACGAUACCAUUCGGGGAUAUAGAUGAGAUACGUAGAAGUCAGCAUGCAUUCAUUAAUCCUGCAAUAACAAUUAUUCUUCGGAUGGGUGCUGGUGGGCAUGGUGUACCUCCAUUAGGGAGCCCUGAUGGUAGAGUCAGAUAUAAAUUUGCAUCAUUUUGGAACAGGAACCAUGCACUAAGAGCAUUACAGCGUGCAGCGAAGAACUACCAUGGAAUGUUGGAAGCUGAAAAGAAGGAGAGAGCAGAAUCAGCAUUGCGUGCACACAGUAGCUCUAUUAGAGGUAGUAGAAAGCAAGCUACAGCUCCCAAAGAUAAUGCAUCUAAAACCGAAAAAUUACAAGCUUUUGUCAAAGAAGAGGUUCUUGUUGGUAUCUACAAUGAUGUAUUUCCAUGCACUGCUGAGCAGUUUUAUAAUUUAUUAUUAAGUGAUGACUCUAGUUUUACAAAUGAAUAUCGUUCAGCACGGAUGGAUACAAAUCUUACAAUGGGACAGUGGCAUGCUGCAGAUGAAUAUGAUGGCCAAGUGAGAGAGAUAACAUUCAGGUCCAUUUGUAACAGUCCCAUGUGCCCUCCAGACACUGCCAUGACAGAGUAUCAGCAUUCUGUUUUAUCACCAGAUAAGAAAAAGCUUGUUUUUGAAACCGUACAACAGGCACAUGAUGUUCCAUUUGGCUCCUACUUUGAGGUGCAUUGCCGAUGGUGUGCAGAGACCAAUGGUGAAAAUUCAUCUGUUUUAGAUAUAAAAGUGGGUGCACAUUUUAAGAAAUGGUGUGUGAUGCAGUCGAAAAUUAAGUCAGGCGCUAUCAAUGAGUACAAGAAAGAGGUGGAGUUAAUGUUGGACGUUGCCCGCUCAUAUAUCAAGUCACAUACUACCGGUGGUGAGGCCAAGAACUCUUCACCCUCACCCUCAGUUAUACAAGAUAUCAUCGGCUAGCACUAAACUCGGGUAAUUUAUUUCCUCAGAUUUCAUUGUAUAAUUUCUUUUUUUGCUUUUAAAUAGUCAUAUGUAGAGCUACUCGGGUAGGUUUUUGGCAACGACCUAGGUGUAUAAUGUAACAUAAACCCAGUCUCCCUAGAAGGGGAAGUAGCAGGGGGAUGUUCUUCUAAUGCAUUUUUCCCUGUCCAUAUGUAAAUAAAAAUACAGAACUUGCAUGAUUUCAUUCUUCAAUUGUUUGCUUUUUGCUCUUCCAUUUGCAUAUUUUGUCUACCAAGUUUAUGUUUGCUGUUUGAUUGGCAUGGUUCAGCCUGUAGCUUGCUGCAAAGCUUCCAUUGUUAUAGUGUUAAAUGCCAAGCCAAGCAAGAUGUUCAGAGAGGAGUCUAUUUCUUUCUUCUUUUUUUUUUUUUUUCCUCUAACAAUUGAAAUUCUAACUUAAUUGAUAUUCUAACUUGAAAGUCUAAUGUUCUCUAUUUAAGUUUUGAAGUGAAUUGCAUAAAAAUUCAUGCAACUAUGGAAAUAAGCUUUUUUUAAUUAUUAAAAAAUUAAGAUUAGCUUUUUGUUAUAAAAAAAAUCGUGUAGAUAAAAAAUUACAAAUAUUAAAAUUUGAAUUUUAAAUAUGAUAAAAUCAACUCUUUUUACUAUGUUUCAAGAAAUGAAUUAAGACUUUAUUUAAAUCUUGGACUUUAUUCGUGCAUGGGAAGAUAGCAAUAGUUUAAUUGGCUUUUGAUUCAAAAUUUUUGAAAGUUGUUAUAAAAUAAAGGUAAAUGCAAAUAAAGAAAGUCACGACUAUGAACAAAUGUAAAUUGUUCAU